AUGCACGAUUGCUCAGGGAAAAACCUAUCUGAAAGCCGGCUAAUUGCAUUGGGCAAAAGCUUAGAUGAAGGUGGAAAGUACAUUAAUGGCUAUGAUCAUAAGGAUGUUAUUGCUGGCGCUGGAACGGUUGGCUUGGAAAUAAUUGAACAGGUUCCUGACGUUGAUGCUGUAGUUUUGCCGGCAGGUGGUGGAGGACUUGUUGCAGGAGUGGCUACUGCUAUUAAAGGAUUACGUUCCGAUGUGAAAAUUAUCUCCGUUGAAGCUGAUCGUUGUCCAUCAUUCAAGAACGCUCUUCAAGUUGGUCAUCCAAUCGAAACCUCCGUUUUACCGACUCUCGCCGAUGGCUUAGCUGUAUCUGUAAGCGGUGUUAAUGCUUUUGCUACAGCUAAAGACAAAGUUGAUGAUGGGAUAGUUGUCGAUGAAAAAGCGAUCGGUUUGGCCAUCUUGCGCCUUGUUGAAUUGGAAAAGAUUGUGAUCGAAGGGGCUGGAGCUUGUGGAGUCGGAGCAUUGUUGUUAGGGAAACUCAAUCAAUUUAAAGGGAAAAAGUUGACUGUACUUGGUGGAGGCAAUAUCGAUACAACCCAAUUGGGACGCGUAAUGGAACGAGGAAUGGUUUGGGAUAAUCGUCUUGUGCGCUUCAAGGUGAAUGUAUCAGAUCGUCCUGGUGGGAUCUCCGAACUGACGAAUAUCAUUGCCGAGAAUGGCGCUUCAAUUGAGGACAUUUUUCUAGUAAAAGAAGCUCUG